UCGUCGUCGUCGUCGUCGUCCUCCUCCUCCUCCUCUUCCCGUUCCCUUCAUCCUCCCCCCAAAACCCUAGAAACCCUCCAUGCGAUCCUCUUCUCCAUGGGCAAGGGCCGCCCCCGCGCCGUUGAGAAGGGCGUGCUGACUCACGGCUACGCUACCACCUCCGCCACAGCCGCCGCUGCCGCCCCCUCCCUCCCUCAGGCCCCCGUCUUCUUCCCUACUGAGGAGGAGUUUGCCAAUCCCUUGGAAUUCAUCUCCAAGAUCCGUCCCCAGGCUGAACCCUUCGGUAUUUGCCGUAUCGUACCCCCGCCGUCCUGGAACCCUCCGUUCGUUCCUGACCGUGAGACCUUCUCUUUCCCUACCAAAACCCAGGCCAUCCACCGCCUCCAGGACCGCCCGCCGUCUUGCGAUCCCAAGACCUUUCAUCUCGAGUACGCGCGGUUUCUAGAAUCGCAUUUUGGGAGAAGACCUAAGCGGAGGGUUGUGUUUGAUGGGGAUGAUCUUGAUCUCUGCCGGCUUUUCAACGCUGUCAAGCGCUAUGGUGGGUAUGAGAAAGUCUGUAAAGAGAAGCGCUGGCGGGAUGUUUCUAGGUUUGUUAGGUCGGAUGGGAAGAUCUCUGAGUGCGCGAAGCAUGUGUUGAGCCAGUUGUAUCUUGAGCACUUGUUGGAUUAUGAGGAGUACCAUGCUCAAUUGAACAGUGAGGUCAAGAAUUACAAAAAAAGGGUGGUGUAUGAGGAUCAGAGACGCAAGGUUUCAAAUUCGAAGCGGAGGAAGAGUUCUGGUGAAGAGAGAGUGGAAGGGGUCAGUCGGAGUGUAUUUGAUCAGAUAUGUGAGCAAUGUAAGAGUGGGUUGCAUGGAGAAGUCAUGCUGCUUUGUGAUCGCUGCGACAAAGGUUGGCAUUUGCAUUGCCUUUCGCCCCCAUUAGAGUCUGUUCCACAAGGCAACUGGUACUGUUUGGAGUGUGUCAAUUCAGAUAAGGAUAGCUUUGGCUUUGUGCCUGGGAAGUGGUGCUCAUUGGAAGCCUUCCGGCGCAGGGAUGAUAGGUUGAGAAGAAAAUGGUUUGGGCAGGGGAGGCCUGCCAGAUCACAGGUUGAGAAACGUUUUUGGGAUAUUGUUGAAGGGAGAGCAGGAGAAGUAGAGGUUAUGUAUGGCAGUGAUCUGGACACCUCAGUGUAUGGGAGUGGCUUUCCGCGUAUUGGUGAUCCAAUACCCACCACAGUUGAUCAUGAGGCAUGGAGAAAGUAUUGUUCCAGCCCUUGGAAUCUCAAUAACUUUCCUAAACUUCAGGGUUCGAUACUUCGAGCUGUUCGGGAUAAUAUUGCUGGAGUGAUGGUCCCUUGGCUCUAUGUAGGAAUGCUGUUUUCAGCCUUUUGUUGGCAUGUUGAGGAUCACUGCUUUUAUUCCAUCAAUUAUUUGCACUGGGGAGAGCCUAAGUGCUGGUAUGGUGUGCCUGGUAGUGAAGCCAAUGCUUUUGAAGAGGUUAUGAGAAAUAAUCUACCAGACUUGUUUGAUGCACAACCAGAUUUGCUCUUCCAGCUGAUUACCAUGCUCAACCCGUCUGUUUUGCAAGAGAAUGGUGUUUCAGUGUAUGGUGUAUUACAGGAGCCUGGUAACUUUGUCAUUACUUUUCCGAGGUCCUAUCAUGGUGGUUUUAAUUUUGGCUUGAAUUGUGCUGAGGCUGUCAAUUUUGCUCCGGCUGACUGGUUGCCUCAUGGUGGAUUGGGGGCUGAGCUGUAUAGUGUAUAUCACAAACCUGCUGUCUUGUCACAUGAAGAACUUCUUUAUGUGGUUGCUAAGAAUGGCUAUGAUGCCAAGGUAUGGCCUUACCUUAAGAAAGAAAUGCAUAGAAUAUUUGCUCGGGAGAAAAGAUUUAGAGAGGAACUGUGGCAAAAUGGUAUAGUCAGGUCCUCUCAAAUGUCUCCAAAGAAACAUCCCGAAUAUGUGGGUGAUGAAGAGGACCCUACAUGUAUUAUAUGCCAACAGUUUCUGUAUCUUUCAGCUGUUAUGUGCAGCUGCCGGCCAACUGUACACGUUUGCCUGGAGCACUGGAAGCAUCUAUGUGAGUGCGACCCAAGCAGACACUGUCUUCUGUACCGGCACAAUCUUGCAGAACUCAGUGAUUUCGUCCUUAAGGGCUGUACUCUGUCAGGAAGUACAUGGAAGAUGGAAGAUUCUACCCCUUGUGGAAAACAUCCAAUGACUUCCAGUGGAGCAAGUAGUUUGAUGAAAAAGGUAAAAAGUGGUGUGAUAACAUAUGCACAACUUGCUGAGGAUUGGCUUUCAAAUGCUUGCCACAUUUUGGAGAUUCCUUUUUCAAAUGCUGCUUAUACCACUGCUCUAAAGGAAGCGGAACAAUUUGUUUGGGCUGAUCAUGAUAUGGAUCCAGUACGUGAUGUGAUUAAUAAGUUGGUUGAAGUUCAGAAAUGGGCUAUGAGGCUGAGGGGUUGUAUUUCUCAAGUCGAAAGUUUCUUAAAUUGCAAUGACAAACAUAUAGAGAAAGUGUGUAUGCAUGAGGUUUUGGAUUUGCUCAGUUUUGACCCUUCACCUUGUCUUGUGCCUGGGCAUGAUAAACUCAAGGCAUAUGCUGAAGAUGGAAAAAUAUUGGUUCUUGAAAUAGAGUCUGCUCUAUCAUCUCAAGUUCAUAUUGGUGAAUUGGAAUUGUUAUACUCCCGAGCCCUCAAACUUCCGAUUAAUCUAGAGACAACUGGGAAAUUAGCAAAGGAGAUCUCAUCUGCGAAGGUUUGGAUCGAAAAUGCUAGAGAAUGCCUCUCGCAGAAAAUGCCUAGCACUGUUGAGAUGAACUUUCUACACAAACUAAAAUAUGAGAUGCUGCAGCUCCAUGUUCGUUUUUCAGAGAUGGAAGAGUUGCUUGCUUUAUGUAAAGAGGUUGAGUCAUUGCAAUUUCAGUGUAAAGAGAUCAUGGAAGGCCCUCUUGAAUUUAAGAAACUUGAAGUUUUUCUUCGGAAUGUGGAAAAUGUUAUUGUCAAGAUCCCGGAGUUGGAAAUUCUGAAGCAAUACUAUCAUGAUGCAUAUUCUUGGAGAUGCCAGCUUCAUGGAGUUUUGCAGGGCAUUAUUGAACAGGAAGACCAUGGGAACAUUGUUCGUGAACUCUCUUGCAUCUUGGAGGCUGGGAAACUCUUGAAAAUAAGAGUUGAUGAGUUGUCCCUUGUUGACAUGGAACUAAAGAAGUCCUGUUGCAGAGAGAAAGCAUCUAAGGUUCUUUCAAAGAGGAUGCCAUUAGAAUUCAUCCAACCUCUGUUGCAAGAGGCUUCCCUGUUAGGAAUUGCUAAUGAAAAGCUAUUUGUGGAUAUUUCUUUGGUGCUUGAAACUGCUAUUUCUUGGGAGGACAAAGCAAAAUUUAUUCUUGAGCAUGCUGCACACUUAUCUGAGUUUGACGAGCUGAUCAGGACGUCGGAGAAUAUAUUUUUGAUUCUUCCUUCUCUUCCUCAAGUUGAAAGUGCUGUAUUGGAAGCUCAGUCAUGGAUCAGUAGAUCACAACCUUAUUUAUCUUCUAGUGUUCAUGAUGGUGAUGAGUCUGGCUCUUUGCUUAAAGUUGAUGGCCUUCAGGAAUUGGUAAUUCAAUCUAAAGCCUUGAAGGUUCUUUUAGAUGCACCUGAAAAGCUGCAGGAGAUUCUUAAGGAUAUCUAUAACUGGAAACAUAAUUCAUGCUCCUUAUUAGAAGAUCUGUGGUCGUUGUUAUAUAUGCAUGAUGUUUAUAUUAAAACCAAUGAUUAUUUGGUCACAAUUGAGGAUCUUCUUGGUAAAAUAGUUUCUGCUACUAAAGUUGGGUUGUCCUUGGGGUAUGAGUUUGAAGAGAUAACAAAAUUAGAACAUGCUUCAUUGACAUUACAGUGGAGCUUGAAAGCUUUGUCUUUUUGCUCCAGAGUUCCCUCGCUGAAGGAGGUUGACAGCUUACUUGAAGAUGCAGGAAAUAUUGUGGCCACAUUUGAAGGCAAUACUUUUGUGAAAUUGUUGGUUGAAGGUUUAAACUGGCUAAGAAAAGCAUGCUCUGUAAUCCCUGACUGUCAAAACUCGAAAAGGCAUAAGUUGGUGGAUGCGGAAGAAAUUGUCAAUGAUAUUCCAGAUGCUGUAUCUUCAUAUCCUCUGAUGGUCGUUCAACUUCAAAAUGCAAUCAGGAAUCAUGAAAAAUGGUUAGAGCAAGUGCAUUCAUUCUUCAGGUUAUCUGGUGAAAAAUCAUGGAUGUUGCUUUUGGAACUUGAGAAACAUGGGCAUAUUUGUGCCUUCAGUUGCCCUGAGCUGGAUAAGGUCACACUUGAAGUUGAGAAAGUAAAGAAGUGGAUGUUCCAGUGCCAAGUUGUUGUGGAACCUUUGGUUGGUGAUGUUGGUUCUUUGUUAAUUAAACUUACGAAAAUUAGGUGUACCCUACAAAGAGCUGUGAGCAUAUAUAACAGUUUAGGGGGCUGCAAAACAAGAUCAUUCUGCAUGUGCUGUCCAAAUGAUUCUGAACAUGAAACAUUUAUUUGUUUGACAUGUGAGGACCGAUUUCAUUUCUUAUGUGUGGGGCCACCAAUAACAACUGCAGGCAUGGGAAAUGAACACACAUGCCAUUUUUGUUCUUGCAUGGAAAGUGGAAAAAUUUCCAUCAAAGAAGGCUGCCUUUUGGUGGGCAAAGGUAAUCGUCCAGAGCUACAUUCAUUCCUCGAGCUUCUAUCAGCUGCUGAGGGUUUAUGUGCAGAGCUUGAAGAGGUUCAUUUGGUGCAAGAUAUUGUGAAGCUAGGUCUUGACUGCAAGUCAUUUUUGAAUGGAAGAGUGAAUCAGGCCUUGUGUCACUGCAAAAAAGAUUUAAGAUGUAUAUCAGAAAGUCUUUUAUGUGCUUUGAAGGUGAUGUCGGUAGCUGGUGUGUAUGAUCACCAAAUGGGCUGCAAUCUCAAGCUGGCAUUGUGUAGAAAUUCUUGGAAAAUUAGAGUCAAUAAGCAGUUGAGGGCAUCCAAGAAGCCAGUCUUGCAACAAAUUCAGCGGCUGUUGAAAGAGGGUUUAGCGAUAAACAUACCAGCUGAAGAUCAUUUUAUGCAGGAAAUUACUGAAGUACAGGCGAGAGCAUCGAAGUGGACUGAUGCUGCCAAAAGGGUUGCUUCAGAUGCAGGGGCACUUGAGUUGAGUGAAGUUUUUAAUCUUAUUAAAGAGGGAGAAGCUUUACCCGUCUACUUUGAUAAGGAGAUGGAGUUGCUAAAAGCUCGAACGGUUCUUUAUUGCAUCUGCCGGAAGCCUUAUGAUCGAAGGGCCAUGAUUGCUUGCGAUCAGUGUGAUGAGUGGUAUCACUUUGAUUGCAUUAAUUUGCACGGGCCACCCCCCAAGACUUACAUUUGUCCUGCAUGUAAUCCCCUCCAUGGAGACUUCAUUUCCCCUCCAUUUUUAUUACGCCAAGAAGAAAGACGAACUAAUUGUGAAGAACUACUUGAUCGUCCGAAAGCAUCAAAGAAGAAACAGUCCAAGAGAAGUAGUUGUAUCUCGCAGCAAAACGAGCAGGUUGAAGUUGAACUGGAAAACAUCAUCAGUUGUUACAGUGAAAUCAAUGAAUUAUGGAGACUAAAUAGAAGGCCCCACCGUAGAAGAACAAGAAAGCCAAAUAACUUAGAGAGGCUUACUGAUUAUAUUCAUUUUCUCAAGUGUGAAUAAAUAAGUACUGUCAUCAUUUAUUCAUUUUAUUUAAAUAUCAAUUUUUCUAAUUCCAUAUCCCUUUAACAGGUUCUCCAAAAUCAGUUUAUCUUAACCUUUA